CAACCCCUGCUGCUGUAAGGUAAAGCUGGUGGUAUCUUAGUGUACCCUUGUAAAGGAUCCGCCGCCGAAAGAACCCGGUUUGCAUACAUCGGAUCUUCCAAAAUAAUUGUUUUCUGGGUCGGGGUGAUUUCGUACCCAAAUUACGCAUGGAAUGGUUUUGGGGGGAUUGGAGUAGAAAUGCAGCGCCGCACUUCCAGCCCACAACAAGAACCAUGCCCAGCUUACACUGCAAGCAAAUUUAUGACAUCCUGUUUUAUCCUUUACGACUUUGAUAUGAGUGAAUUUUUCUCGGAUAGUGACGAGGAGUGAAGAAAAGAGAGGCAUCGUACAGAUCUGAAGGACGCUGUAGUCGGUGCAGACGCGUGUGUACCGAGAAACCUCUACGUUUAGGAUUUUUUCUUUCUUUUUCUUUUCGUUUUUCUUUCUUUUUGAUGGAGCUGGAGAACAUAGUAGCCAACACUGUACUGCUAAAAGCCAGAGAGGGUGGAGGAGGGAAAAGGAAAGGAAGGAGCAAAAAAUGGAAGGAGAUCCUUCGUUUUCCCCAUAUAAGCCAGUGUACUGAACUGGGAAACAGCAUUGAGAGGGACUAUUUCAGCAUCUGCGAGAAACAGCCCAUCGGACGACUUCUCUUCCGUCUUUUCUGUGAGACCAGACCUAAACUGCAACGAUGCAUCCAGCUGCUCGAUGCAAUGGAAGAUUACGAGGUAACACCUGAUGAAAAAAGAAAAAGCAGAGGGUACCAGAUAAUCAAGACCUUUCUAUCAGAAAACUCGCCUCAGCGUGUAGACAUAGCAGAGGUUUUUGCAGACCAGUGCAAAGAGAACCUCGAGCUGAGUCCAUGUAAGGAGAUCUUCAGCAACUGCCGCAAAGCUGUCCAUGACUACCUGAGUGGAGCUCCAUUUGUAGACUACCAGAACAGCAUGUACUUUGACCGCUUUCUACAGUGGAAGAUGCUGGAGAGACAACCAAUCACUAAAGACACGUUCAGGCAGUACCGAGUGCUGGGAAAGGGGGGCUUUGGAGAGGUAUGUGCCUGCCAGGUCCGAGCAACAGGGAAGAUGUACGCCUGCAAGAAGCUGGAGAAGAAGAGGAUCAAGAAGAGGAAAGGAGAGUCCAUGGCUCUCAACGAGAAGCAGAUUUUAGAGAAAGUCAACAGCAGAUUUGUUGUGAGCUUAGCGUAUGCGUACGAGACCAAAGACGCUCUGUGUCUGGUGCUGACCAUCAUGAAUGGCGGAGACCUGAAGUUUCACAUCUACAACAUGGGCACGCCUGGCUUCGACAAAGACAGGGUCCAGUUUUACGCUGCUCAAAUCUGCUGUGGUCUUGAACAUUUGCACAGGGAAUUGAUUGUCUACAGGGAUUUGAAACCUGAGAAUAUCCUAUUAGAUGACAAUGGACACAUUCGCGUUUCUGACCUGGGGCUGGCUAUCAAAGUGCCUGAUGGAGAGCUCAUUAGAGGCAGAGUGGGGACAGUAGGCUACAUGGCUCCCGAGGUGAUAAACAACGAAAAGUAUGCCAUGAGUCCUGACUGGUGGGGACUGGGCUGCCUCGUUUACGAGAUGACCGCCGGGCGAUCACCCUUCCGCGCCCGCAAAGAACGAGUGAAACGAGAGGAAGUGGAGAGGAGGGUGCAGGAGGAAGAGGAGGAGUACAACGACAAGUUUACAGAGGACGCCAAGGCCAUCUGUAGAAUGCUGCUCACCAAAGACCCUAAGCAGAGGCUGGGGUGCAAGGCAGAUGGAGCAGCAGGCGUCAAGGCCCACUCGUUCUUCAAAAACAUCAACUUCAAGAGGAUGGAGGCUGGAAUGGUGGAGCCUCCCUUUGUGCCUGAUCCUCGGGCAGUGUACUGUAAGGAUGUUUUGGACAUAGAGCAGUUCUCCACAGUCAAGGGAGUCAAUUUGGACCAAACUGACAAUGACUUCUACUCCAAAUUUGCUACAGGCAGCGUUUCCAUCCCGUGGCAGAAUGAGAUGAUAGAAACUGAGUGUUUUAGAGAUUUAAAUAUGUUUGGGCCUCAUGGGACGAGAUCACCAGAUUUGGACUGGAAUCAGCCGCCAGAGCCACCUCGACGCAGCCUGCUGGACAGGAUCUUCAGGAGGCACCACCCGGAGGUGUCCAUUUCCAACAGCCGUGUGCAGUCUUCCAGCGUAAACUCUGUGGACUCCAUGUCCAACUCUGCCCCCUAGUGGCAUAAUUUCUGUGUGGGAGCCACACACACAUAUAUACAUAUACACACAUUAUUGUUACGAUAUUGUCACGUCGCUUGUUUUCUACAUCCAAAACUAAAGUGUUCUUGUUCUCCCUAUGCCUUUUUUCCCCCAUGUAAAAGAUACUGCUGCAUAGCCAUUUGCUGUCACUUGUACAGGUUUGUUAUGUUGAAGCCGUCUUACACCUACCCUUAACAUGCUCCUCAAAAUGCCUCAUAAAUCUAAAGGGUCUUCCUCUUGACACCCUGUGUCUUCGAUUGCAGUUGGACACGCAGCUAUGUGAAAGGUUUUUCUUUUGAUUUUUUUUUUCCCUUAAUCAGUCCAGUUCAGUCAUACUAGAGCAGGAGGAGGAGAGGAAGACACCAGAGGAUCUUCACAUAUAGAAGUGGCCUUCUCGCAGCAGCACCGCCAGUUAAAAGGGAGGAAGAGCUCAGGCUCUUGUUUUAAGAAUGUAGUUUUUUUUUUCCCUGUUUUGAGGUAGUGAAAGCUGGUCCAUGCAGUAAUUUCAAUCGUCCUUACCAAUCUCACACAAGCCUGUUUGGUUUGGUUUUUUUGUUUGUUUUUUUUUCACUCUGCGUACUUGAUAAGAAAAAAAAAUCUGAAUCAGACUGAAGUGCCUCCUUGUUAGCAUGAUCUCUCAGACAAUGCCCACACAAACAUCAGCACUUUGUUUAUUCUCUGACUGUCAUGCUCUGUUUGCUUCGCUGGGGAACAUGUCAACACGAAUAUACACAAACUCACAUGGUUUGUUGGAAGUGAAGGGAAGAAGACGUAAAAGGAUGGAGAGGAGGGAAUCAAUGAGGGAAUGUUCCUUCUUAAAUGUGAUAUACAGCAAAGUGCUGAGUGCAUGUGAAAGCCAAACCCACUGUGUCCUUCAAGUCCCAAUAAACUCUGUAUUAUAGUUUGAGUA